AUGUUGAUUAUUGUUUAUUCUCUUGUUGAUCCAUCCCGUGGUGCUCACUUUGACGGUUUGGUGGUUUGUGCUUUCUUGCUACUUCAAGGAUCAAUCGCAGUUCAUAGUCCGUAUUUUAGUGGAAGUAAAGUCACGAAAUCUUGGGACAAUAAUAUUGGGAGUACAGAUGACCGACAAUUGUCGGACCACCCACUCCGAAAAAUGGCCGAUGUUUGUGGUUCGCCUAGGCUGUGCUGGCGAUACGAAGAAUUAGACCAAAGCACGAGGAAACGCGACGACUAUGUUGUGGCAAUACUCGCCAAGGCACCAAGGCAGAGAAAAAGGAUCAACAUGUUCAACAUCAUCAUCGCUGCACCACUGCUGUCAUCAUACUGA